AUGGCGCCCGCACUAGACGUGUACGACGCCUCCUCGAAGGAGAACCGCAGCGUGCAGGCGCUGGGGAAGACGAAGAGCGGCAAACAGCUCAAGAUCCGCGCGUACCCGCGCUUCGACUCGCUGGAAGAGGAGCGCUUGUACCGCAAGCAGCACCUCGCCGCGGCGUUUCGCAUCUUUGCGGACCGUGGCUUUGACGAGGGCGUUGCGGGACAUAUCUCCGUGCGGGAUCCCAUUCUGAGGGAUCAUUUUUGGCUCAACCCGCUCUCCCAGCACUUCAGCCAAAUCAGCGUAUCGGACCUGAUCCUCGUGAACGAAGACGGCGAAGUCGUGAUCGGCGACGAGCCCAUCAACGCCGCGGCCUUUGCGAUCCACUCAGAAAUCCACAAAGCACGCCCCGACGUCGACGCUGCAUGCCACGCGCACUCCGUGUACGGGAAAGCGUUCAGCGUGUUCGGGCGCGAGCUUGACAUGAUGACGCAAGACGCGCUGCGGUUCUGGAAGUCGCACGCCGUGUACGACAAUUUCGGCGGUGUGGUGCUGGACCGCGAGGAAGGGAAGCGAAUCGCCAAAGCUCUGGGGAACGGAAAGGCUGUUAUUCUGCAGAAUCAUGGCUUGCUGACUGUCGCCAAGACGGUCGAUGCUGCGGCGUUUUGGUUCAUUAGUCUGGACAAGACUUGUCAUGCGCAGUUACUGGCGGAUGCGGCCAGUGCGGGUUCCGGGUAUAAGAAGAUUAUGAUCAGUGAUGACGAGGCGGAGUUCUCGUAUGCGUCGGUCGGCACUGAUGAGAAGGGCUGGCUGGCGUUUCAGGGGUACUAUGAUGAGCAGCUUGCGAAGACAAAUGGGAGUUUUUUGAAGUGA